UCCUCAUCUUCGUACCUGCACUCUCUCUCUCUCUCUCUCCCUCUCUGCGUCAGCCAUGAGAAUGAGCUGCAACGGCUGCAGAGUCCUCCGCAAGGGCUGCAGCGACGACUGCAUCAUAAGGCCCUGCCUGCAAUGGAUCAAGUCCGCCGAUUCCCAGGCCAACGCCACCGUCUUCCUCGCCAAGUUCUACGGCCGUGCCGGCCUCAUCAACCUCAUCAAUGCCGGCCCUCCCCACCUCCGCCCCGCCGUUUUCAGGUCGCUGCUCUAUGAGGCCUGCGGUCGGAUCAUCAACCCCAUAUACGGGUCGGUCGGGCUGCUCUGGUCCGGCAACUGGGGCCAGUGCCAAGCGGCCGUCGACGCCGUCCUCAAGGGCUCCUCCCACAUUAUGCGACACCCUUCGCUGGAUUCGGGUUCGACCCCCGCCACGUCUCAGCCCUUACCUCCCCUCAAGGCCUACGACAUCCGCCACUUCCCCAAGGCUGGGGGCUCGCAAGACCUCCACAGGGUCCGGGCCCGGAACCCGUUUAAGCGCCCCAGGCUCGACGCCGACCCUAAGCCGGACGGCGGGCUUUAUCCGGAGGCGAGCUACACGACGUCGCCAGAGGACGACAGCGUGUUCUCCGUGGAGACUCUGGAGGCUGAACCCGAGGGCGGGUCCCAACCGAGCCGGAGUUUGGCGAUCGAUGGCCAAGAUCGUGAGAGUGAUGACGAUCGGAUUGGGUUGGAGCUCACUCUGGGUGUGGCUCAGAGUCAACAACAGAGCGUCUCAUGCAAAUCUGAGGCUCAUUAUGGUCAUCACUUGUGAAUGAGAGUUGCCAAGAAAAGAGAAGGAGAGAGAGAGAGAGAGAGAGAGAGAGAGAGAGAGAGAGAGAGAGAGAGAGAGAGAGAGAGAGAGAGAGAGAGAGAGAGAGAGGGGUUUUUUGAGGAUUGGAAUGGACAUGAUCAUCAUCAGACUUGAAUCAGCGUAGUUGAUGUCUUAAUGUUGAUUCAUUUCCUGUUCCUUUUUUCCUUUUUUCAUUUUCGCUACCUUUAAAAGUGUGGUUUCACGGUGUUGGGUGGGGACUUAAGUGUGAAAAUGUAGUGCGCGCACACAGAGACAAAGACCUAUACACAGAGAGGAGAGACAAAUAUAUGUACUCAUGCUUUUGCUGGUCAUUUACAGGGGUCGAUGAA